AUGAUAUCCUAUGAGGAGGUAGGUCAGCACAAUAGGGCUGGCGAUCUUUGGAUUAUCGUCCAUGACCAAGUGUACGAUCUGUCGGCGUUUGAACAUCCUGGUGGAGCUGCCGUCAUAUAUCAGUAUGCCGGCCGUGACGCGACCCUUGCGUUUGACCAAAUACACUCGCCUGGCAUCGUGAAGGCAUUGUCAGCAGAGCAGAACAUGGGGUCCAUCAAUCCGGAUACACUACCUCGAAACGAAGAGCAAUCAGUCGAACAGGCGAACACUAUCCUUAUCAAACCAUCGAAACCAGAUCUAUACAGCUUGAUAUCUGUCCACGACUUUGAAGAUGUGGCCAAGCAUACCCUCACCGCCAAGGCGUAUGCCUUCUACUCUUCAGCAGCGACCGAUCUCGUCUCACAUCAGGCUAAUUUGAUGUGCCAUCGGAAACUUCUCCUUCGUCCAAGGGUGUUGCGGAACGUCAAGGAAGUCAACAUGAGGCGGCGGAUCCUUGGCUGUGAGUCAAGCGCACCAUUCUUCCUCAGCCCUGCCGCCAUGGCGAAACUGGCACAUACGGAGGGUGAGUUGGCUGUUGCGAGAGCUUGUGGAGAAGAAGGGAUUGCUCAAGUGAUAUCGAGCAAUGCGUCGUAUCCUCUUGCAGAAAUUGUCGCCGCUGGUCGACCCAAUCAACCGUUCUUCUUGCAGCUGUACGUGAAUUCAGACCGAUCAAAGACCGAAGAGCUGCUGCGCCAUGCAAGAGAACUUGGCGUCAAAGGCAUCUUCAUUACGGUGGAUGCACCUGUUCCUGGGAAACGGGAGGCCGAUGAGCGCAUCGCAGCAGAGCAUGUUGUAGCGGCCAUCAGCGGCGCAGUUGCAACAAACGAUCGAAAAGGCGGAGGACUUGGACGGGUCAUGGCGAAAUACAUCGAUCCAACAUUUUCCUGGGAUGAUCUGACCUGGAUCAAGGGGGUUUCUGGCUUACCACUGGUUUUAAAGGGUGUUCAGACUGCGGCCGAUGCUCGCAAGGCUGCGCAGCACGGCGCAGAUGGAAUCUUUCUGAGCAACCACGGAGGCAGGUCCCUGGACACAACCCAGCCGGCCAUACUGACAUUACUGGAGAUGCACAAGUGCUGCCCAGAGGUUUUUGGGCAGCUAGAGAUCUACGUUGAUGGUGGCUUCACACGCGGCACAGACAUCUUGAAGGCCAUUGCUCUUGGGGCGACGCCGGUAGGCAUUGGGCGGCCAUGGCUGUAUGCCUUGACGUACGGUCAAGGAGGUUUGCAACAUAUGAUGAAUAUUUUCCGAGACGAGUUGGAGACGUCCAUGAAGCUGAGUGGUAUUACUGAUGUUGACGACGCACACCCAGGAAUGGUGAAUACGUCCUUGCUGGAACCAUUGAUACGGAGUUCAGAAACACAUCCAUGGAUCAAAUGGCAGCCACGGUCACGACUGUAG